AUGGUUGAAAGAAAUGCCGAUACAACUGAACAAGAGAUGAUGGUGUCUCUCUCACGUCAAGUCUCAAAGGGCUAUACAGGAGAGACUUGGUAUGAUUUUGAUCUGCCUUUGGGCCGCUCAGAUCCUAUUACUAUCAUCCAUUUUAAUGAUGUCUACAAUAUUGAGAGCCCGCCUCAAGGACCUGGUGGUGUCUCUCGCUUUGUUACGGCAGUGCAGCAAUAUCAGCAUCUCCACCCUUUUAUAUUAUUCUCCGGAGACGUCUUCAACCCCUCGGUAAUGUCGACGUACACUCGAGGACGUCACAUGGUUCCCUUUCUGAAUAUCCUGAAGAUUCACACGGCAUGUUUUGGUAAUCACGAUUUCGAUUUCGGUGUGGAUGAAUUGGAAUACUCCGUGGGGUCGUGCAAUUUCCCAUGGCUUUUGUCGAACGUGUUCCAGAAGUCAGCUGCAGAAGAGCAACUGCAGCUUCAGCUGAAAUACCAAGAACGUCGAGCUAAUCGCCUGCAGAAACAGCAAAAAGACCUGCAUCACUCUAAACAGCAGAAACGACGUACAGUUCUCUUUCCGAAUGAUCAGCCUAUACAUAGUCACUCUACACCUCCGUGUGCCACUAGUACUCUUACUACUGCUAUUAUCAAUACUACUAAUAUUGUUGAUUCGGCUACCGUAACAGGAGAGAGUGAGGCUUUAAGGAGGAAUAGUUGCUCUGCGGCUGAGGACGCUACAUCUCCAUCCAGACGUCCACUUGCAGAAGACAUGCAGAAGACACCUUUGAGAGAACGAGAAGAACGAGCACGCGGCGACACAAGUGCAGCUAGCGAAAUACCUCCUCCCUCGGCUGCAAGAGGAGUUGUAUCACGCUCACAUUUGGAGAUCGUAGAAGCCGAAAGCAAGAAAAGAGAGCACGAGGGACAGGAAAGAGAAGAAAAUGGUUCUGAUAACAAGAAUCCAGAGUUAUGCUGUCUCCUAGUGCGUACUACCACUGCACUGCAGCAGCAACAGCAACAGGUGAAGACACACCAGGCGAGGGCAGCAAAAAGAGGAAAACGAAGAGAUGAUAAGGGAGAUGGAGGAAACGGUGAUGAUGCAGGAGAACGAGGAAGAAGAAUAGGAGGAGAGGGAGGUGGAGGAACAAGUGUAGGGGGUGUUGGUGGUAGUAUUGCUGCAGAUUGUACAGACGUGCAGAGAAGUGAUAUUCGUUCUGAACAUGCGACCAGUAGUGCUAAUAGUGUUUCUCAGAAAGGAGGAACUACUGACCAGAGAGAAAGAGCCCGUAAUGAUAUAAUAAAGCCGGUGCAGCAUAGAUAUCCUACAAAUGGAAGAGCUACGAAAGAAGGUCAUACUGAAAGACCUGUGAAUGACGGCAAGGGAAUGUCAGGUGGAAAUACUCACGAUAAUAAAGAUGACGAAGAUUGUUAUGGAUUAUUACUCAAAGAUACGAAUGAAGAAGAAGACUAUGAUGACGACGAAAACGAAGCAGACGAUGAUGAAGAAGAGGAAGAAUUAGAAUUGACGUCAGGGAGAUUUGUGGAGGACUACAUCGAAAUACAUGGUCUACCGCUAGCAAACGGCAUGAAGUAUCGCCUCUGCGAAUGGCAGGGAAUCAAAGUGGUCAUCGGUCUUGUGGAAAGUGAAUGGCUAGAUACGCUCGGAGCUAUCGACAGAGAAGACGUGUGUUACGUGGACUUCGUCAAAGCAGCGAACUGCCUGAGCAGAGUGCUCCGACAGAAAGAGUGUGAAUUAGUUAUUGCUCUAACACAUAUGAGAGCUCCAAAUGACGAGAAACUGGCACGAGAAGCUGAAGAUAUAGACCUGAUACUAGGAGGACACGACCAUGAUUACUACGGCUUACAACGUAUUGGAAAUGUCCCUGUAGUGAAGUCUGGAACUGACUUCCGUGAUUUCACUGUUCUGACAAUAUACCCGGGUAGUACAGCCAAAAAAAAUAAUAAUCCUAGUAGUAUUAAUAGUGACAUUACAUUGGGCCCCCUGCUGCCUACAAAUAUAACAGAGGGAGAGGAGCAGAUGCCGUUCUUCCUGGGUGGAAGUCGUGUACACUGGAAACGCGUACGCGUAGACCCCAACAUAUAUUCGAAGAACAUUCACGUCGAGAAACUGGUGAAGAAAUACGAGCAACAAGUACAGGACCAGAUGCAGAAAUACCUCGUGGAUCUUGGAUGUCCACUCGACACACGCUUCUCGGCUAUCCGUACAAGCGAAACGAAUAUGGGCUCGUGGCUGUGCGACGUCGUUCGCAGGGAAUGCAAAGCAGAAGUUGCUUUAGUCAACUCAGGAACUAUCAGAUCGGACUGUCUGUAUCCAGUGGGACCACUCAAAUAUGGAGACCUCGCACGUAUGUUACCCAUGGCAGAUGAUUUGUGUGUGAUAAGCGUUCGCGGAGAUGUAUUACUGGAGGUGCUAGAGAACAGCGUUUCCCUAGUACCGCGUACAGAAGGGCGAUUCCUCCAAGUCUCGGGAAUUCGUUUUUGUUUCGACUCUCGUUUGCCUCCUGGGAAACGAAUUCUACUGGACUCUGUCAGAGUAGCCUCAGGAGCACCCGCUGGUCUUCUCGGUUCACGAAGUCGUGUAAUGACAGGAACAGCUCUAGCUACAUUUAAUGCAUGCAGAUCGCAUCUAUCAUCAAAACGAAGUAUUUCAUCUGCAACACCUUCCUCUUGUGCUUCCUUCUCGGGGAACGCUUCUUCUUCCUCUGCAAACAGUUAUUCUUUUUUCACUCGAAAACCCAAACUGCCAGACGGAGCCGCCGGUAGCCGACAUUAUGACGAACAACAACCAAAAGAAAUAAAACAAGACGAAAGUUCAAGACAGGGUCAGGCAGUCAAUAAUAACACCAACGAAGAUGAUGCUGGCGAUAGUGACUACCUCAAUUUCGAAAAACUUGACCUCUCAAAAUAUUAUUCUGUUGCUACCAAAGCAUACGUGGCGCAAG